ACGGAUAUUUGGCUGUGAGGCCGGUAGAUGGCAGCAUGCGGUAGUUUACUCGGGAGCACCGUUAAAGACUACUGCUAUGUCAAUCGCUUCCUCGUUUUACAGCAAAUUUCCCUGUUUAUCGUACAUUUACGCUAUAAGUGAAUGAGAGUAUGAUGCCAAAAUGAUUGAUUUAGUGAGGUGCUGUUCAGUGACACUCCCAUGUAGUGAUGAAUUUUGCGGUUGCUUGGUCACUGCCAGUAAUGUAAAGUCUCGGGCUUUUGACCUCGAUUACUCUUCAGUACAAGGAAAUGGAAUGCUAUUUGAACCUAGAUAAAAGUAAAUUACAACGGUAUAGCUGUAUAUGUUUGUUAUAUUAAAAAUGGAAGUUGCUACUGUCGGUAAAGUUGAUUAGAAUUCAGAGAAGACAAAAAAGAAAAAACUUAUGGUAUAUUGUGGCUCACAGCUAAGGGAGAUGAACUCCCUAGUAAGAAAACUAAUAUUAAAAAACGGCUUAAUCUGGUCAUUUUGAAACAAGAUGGAUUACAGCCGCUACAUUGUGCAAGUGUUUGUUGGGGCAUUGUCGCCUCAUUAUGAAGCACUGUCGAUUGAAGUUAGCAAACAGACGACAGCGCAGGAAAUAACAAUGUGUAUUGUGGAUAGGCUGGGCCUUCCUAAUCCACAGCAGUAUGAAUUGGGAGAAGUCAUUGGCAAUGCCAGUGGUCAGGAGUGCAAAGAGCGGCGACUUGGCCCACUGGAGAAUCCGGUGGCGCUUCAGAUGCUCUGGCCCCAGUCUUCAGCUAAUGAAGUAACAGAUGAAAAUGAACAGCAUGAAUAUCGAUUUUGCCUACGGGAAAAGAUGUCCUCUGAUUCCUUGUGGGCAGAACCAAAUCAGCUUGACUCCCAGCUCAUCAGAGACUACUUUUACAAGUUCUUAUACCAACCCAAGGACAAGGAAUAUCCAGACCUUUGCCAGUUACCCAACUUAACAGAGCAAACCCUUUUAGAGAAUCUACGGGCCCGAUUCCAGCGUGGUUAUAUUUAUACUUAUGUGGGGUCCAUUUUAAUAUCUGUUAAUCCAUUUAAAUACUACCCCAUUUAUAAUCCAAAGUAUGUUAAACUGUACCAGAAUCACAGACUGGGUGAACUCCCUCCCCAUAUUUUUGCUAUUGCGGAUGUUGCCUAUUCUACCAUGAUUAAACAGCGUCGUAAUCAGUGCAUAGUUAUCAGUGGUGAAAGUGGAAGUGGGAAGACUGAAUCCACACUGUUUCUACUUCACCAUCUUACAAUGCUUAGCCAAAAGGGUUCGCAUGGAAGCGGAGUAGAGCAAACUAUUUUAAGCUCUGGGCCUGUUUUAGAGGCCUUUGGAAAUGCCAAAACAGCCCACAACAAUAAUUCCAGUAGAUUUGGAAAAUUCAUCCAAGUUAGCUAUAAGGAAAAUGGGCUUGUCCAAGGGGCAUGUGUGCAAAAGUACCUGUUAGAAAAAUCACGCAUCUGCUCCCAAGCAUAUAAUGAACGCAGUUAUCAUGUUUUUUAUUACUUACUUGCGGGAGCAUCUCCACAGGAACGUCAGGCAUUACACCUGCUCAAACCCUCAGAUUAUCGCUACCUCAACCAGAGCAAAUGCUAUACCAUAGAGGGCUGUGAUGAGCAGUUUGAAUUCGUUCGGUUAAAGCAAUCCAUGGAGAUGGUGGGGUUUACUCCAGAGAAGCAGCAUCGCCUCUUUGCAGUUUUAUCUGCAGUUCUUUUAUUAGGUAAUAUAGAAUUUCAGCCAAAGAAAUCCACUUACCAUCAUGAUGAAUCUGUGUUGGUUCGUAAUCCUGAACAAGUGAACUUGAUAUCGUCAUUACUUGGGGUGUCUGAGGACACACUCAUGAAUGCACUCACUUCCAAGAAAGCACGAGUAUCAGGAGAAACUCUAGUCAUGCACUAUCGACUUCCUGAGGCCAUUGCAGCACGGGAUGCUUUAGCAAAGUGUUUGUACGGGGCAUUGUUUGACUGGAUUGUACUACAGGUCAAUUACUCGCUUAUUACCUUGAAGGAGUCUGCUAAUGAAUAUAAUGGAAAUUCAAUAGGUGUCUUAGAUAUUUUUGGUUUUGAAGAUUUUGGGCAUAGUAACAGAUUUGAGCAGUUUUGCAUCAAUUUUGCAAAUGAGCAUCUGCAGCACUACUUCAACCUUCAUGUGUUUGAAUAUGAACAAGAAGAAUAUAGGAGAGAAGGUAUCACCUGGAAAAACAUAGACUUUGAAGAUAAUAUUGAUUGUUUGGCACUAAUUGAAGGAAAGCCAAAUGGUCUUCUUUGUGUUCUAGAUGACCAGUGCAGUUUUCCUGGAGCCACUAUAGAUUCCUUUCUUCAGAAGGUCAACACUGUACAUAAAGAUAAUAAAUAUUAUGAAAUUCCUCAGAGACGAGAGCAGGCUUUCAUCAUUAAACACUAUGCAGGAAAAGUCAAAUAUCAGAUAAGUGAUUUCAAGGAAAAAAACCUGGAUCUUAUGCGCCCUGAACUGAUAUGUGUGCUCAAGAAUAGUAGAUACAGCACCGUUCGUGAGGUAGCUGGGGCUGACCCUGUAGCUGUUUUUAGAUGGUCUAUAUUAAGGGCAUUUUUUCGUGCUGUUAGCGCUUUCCAUGGUGCAGCACUGAAGUAUGCUAAAAGAAAAGGGCUUGAUGACCAUAGAAAGACAAAACAGAAAAUUAACAUCGAUAACUCAAGAAUUCUUGCUGCCAUUGAAAAUACACAGAAUCGGUUGCGGAAGACAAGGCACAGCAGGUCUCGUUCGAGAUCUCAUGGUCCAAGGCAUCAGAAGAACUUGAAAACUGUAAAAGCUCUGGCACAGAGGACACAGUCACUAGCAUUACAAGGUCGUCUUCCAGGAUCUCGUAAACCACCUCAUACAGUGACAGGCCAAUUUCAGUUGUCUCUGCAGAAUCUGAUGGAAGCUCUGAAUACUGCAAAUCCAUUUUUUAUUAGAUGUAUUAAAAGUAAUGCUAACAAGGAACCUAAUGUAUUUGGAGAUGAACUGGUUAUGCGUCAACUUCGUUACACUGGUAUGUUAGAGACUGUGAGAAUACGGCAGGCUGGUUUUAAUGUACGACUCACCUACGAUGAAUUUAUCCAUCAUUACAGAAUACUUCUACCAAGAGGACUGUUGAGCUCCCAGGCAGAUGUGCGAAGUUUUCUGCAAAGUAUGCAGUUAGAUGAAUCCGAAUAUCAGAUGGGACAUAAUAAGAUAUUUAUGCGAGAAUCUCAGAAACAAAAAUUGGAUGGUCAGCUCCACCAAACUAUUUUGUCUCGGAUCAUUCUCAUUCAAAGAUGGUAUCGAACCAUACAUCAGCGCCAAAAUUUCCUCACAUUCAGAGUGGCUGUCAUCAGACUGCAGGCAUGUGUAAGAAGUUGGCUUGCCCAGCAAACUUUAGCAAAAAUGCGCUUGAGGAACCAUGCAGCUACCUAUAUUCAAAAAGUAUGGAGAGGUCACAGAGUUCGAAAGUGGUACCAGAAUUUCCGCAGAGCCCUCAUUCAUUUCCAGGCACGUGUCCGAGGAGAUAUGACGCGGCAACGAUUCCAAGUGAUGCUAGAGGAAUACAGGAAACAAAAAGUUAGUGAGAGGAAAAGGCUAAAAGAGGAAGAGGAAUUGUCAUUAGCAUCAGUUACAACUUUAACUACAAUAUCUUCUGUGUCUCAGGAGCAGUCAGAACCUGUACAGCAGCCUCCUCCCCGUCGGAAAUCAGCUUCCAAUUUUCAGACUAAUAUACCACCCCACAAACUGCAUCGUAGGCAAAGUGAAAAUGUUAUUGGAGAACGUAGAUCAUCGGAAUGUCCUCAGUCCCACUUGCCAGAAGUAGGACGAAGAUUAAGUGAAACCAGUGUUCCUUUGCGUAGACCAUCUUAUAGCAAUGCUGCUGUUCAGGUACAUAAUAGACAGAGUGAUGAAAACUCAGGAACGUCGACACCUCCAGCCUCACCAAGUACUGUUGAAAUGGAUAAGCCUAUGCAUAAAGCAAAGUCAUUCCGCCAUCGUCCAUACAGUAAAGUUCCCUUAGCCGACCAAACAGCAGCUAUGCCAUCAGCUUCAGCUGAGUGUCUAAGUCAUAACCCUCUGGAGAGAAAGUCAAGUGGUGGGAUUUUGGAAGAAUCUCAUAAUUUUCCAAAGAUUUCUAAGCAUUUUAGAAAGCCACUUCAGAAGAUCAUGGGUAAACGUGAGGGUAGCAUGAGUGAAAGUGAAGAUGCCAUGUCAUAUGAGUCCCAGCCACAAACACCAACAACACCUGGAGAAUUUCAUCCGAGUUUCCCAUUGGGUGAUCAAGCGGAUGAUAUUGGUGAAGGUAAAGGAAGGUGCUCCAGUGCAAGUAGUGCAACAGCCCCAGUUCCACCUUGGGAUCUUCAGGACAAGGAACCAAGGUCCAAAGAGCCAUUGAAGCCUUCAUCCAGUCUUCCUGAUGUUGUGCAGGGAUUCCCAAGCAUGGAGCCUUCUGGUGUACCAGGGACGUCAUCGAUGCCUCUGGGAGUCACUGGUGGAGAAGCAGAGUUGAAAAAGAUACUAAGUAAAACUCCACAUACACUUAAGCAGAGUACCUUACUGAAGAAGGAAGUCUGUACUGCGUGUGAUAAACCUUUUACUAGUUUCUUUAUUAAUUCUGGAUUUAAGUGCAUAGGUUGUAAAAAGGUCUUCCACUCUCGAUGUAUAAAUUCUUCAGUCACCAUUCCAUGCCAGGAGGCUUCUCAUGCAGGCAAAGAAAAUGCAAGCCCUGCAGCUAAAAAGCAGCGUCGAAUAGAUCAAGAUGACACAUGGAGUGUUACAAGAACUUCUGAGUUUAUUGAUAAGUCAGAUGAAAUCAUAAAAGAUGCCCAUGAACUAAGAAGAUUAGAGGAAUAUAUUACCAGAAAGCUGUAUGGCCUUGAAGAAAAAGAAAGUGAGAAAGCAGAUAAUCGCACACAGAGUCUUGACCGUAGCUUUUCCAGAGAAGCACCUCCAAAAGAGUUGGAAGUAUCUUCACGUAUACGAGACAGGAAAGAUUCUCAGGUUGAUCAGAUGUUCUGCCAGUCAUUACGUGAAUUCAAAAACAAUUUGAUAUCUACUUAUAGCGUAUCUCUCCAGAAAGAAACCUCCUUAUCAUUGAAGUACAAAGACCUCAUUAAGAACUUUGAGCAGGUGAUGAACACUGUUUGUAAGGAAAAAAUGGGCAAUGACACUUUCCCAGUGACAAUGGGUGUUAAUGCUUUCAGAGGAUUUUUGGAUGAGUUUAUAAGAGAAAAAAAGAAGUCUGUAGAUGAUAAAUCUUCUGCAAAGAAGAGGAAAAGAAGAAGAAGAGAAAAGAAAAAGGUUGUUGAAGAACUGUUGUAUGGGGGCCAUAUAUUCACUCAUAUCAUGGUUAACAUUCCUACUCAGUGUGAAGUGUGCAACUCCUUCCUUUGGCUCUCCAUGAAGGCUCUAACUUGUCAAAGAUGUAAGGUAACCUGUCAUCAGAAAUGUUAUAAGAAAGUUGAUACUAAAUGUAGUCAUGAUGGUCCCAAGCCCAUUGUUGUACCAGCGGGCACCCCACCACCCAAUAAUCGUGUUUUUGCUGUACCUCUAGAGAAUUUAAUACGUGCCGGGGAAAAAAUCCCUGCUGUUGUUCAUCGCCUCAUCACUACUAUUGAAUUGCAUGGUCUCUUUACUGAGGGACUCUACCGGAAGUCAGGGGCUACCUCAAAGGUCCGUGCAGUGAAAGCUCAUAUAGAGAGGGAUCCUGAAAACAUAAAGUUUACAGACACUCCUGUUCAUGUUCUUGCUACAAUACUGAAAUCGUUUUUUAGAGAAUUGCCAGAACCUUUGCUCACAUAUGAGUUUUAUGAUCCCCUAAUUAAUGCUACAGAGCUUCAGGACCCAGAAGAUCAGCUCCAGACUACUUAUAAUAUUAUUAAAGGCUUACCAAAGAUAAAUUUUGACCUACUGGAAAGACUGGUAUUUCAUAUGGUGCGGGUUGCGCAACAUGAAGCUUACAACCGAAUGAAUUGUAAUGCUCUUGCAAUUAUAUUUGCACCUUGCAUAUUAAGAAAUCAGCGUUCUCAAACUGUUCAGGACUCCUUGAGUGACAUUGCAAAGCAAACUUCGGUUGUAGAGGUCAUUAUAUCACGGCAGUUGAAGCAGGUGAGAAUGACACUUCAAGAUAUAGACACUGUCGACUCUGAAAUUGUGUCAGCUGGCGUUCGUUUAGAUACACUUCGAUCUACAAAGCAAUCAAUAUAUCAAAACAUGGGGCUUGCUGAAGGGUGUGCGUCAUCUCUACCUCGGCCGUCAGCUGCUUUGCGAACAUCUUUUACAGAAUCCAGUGAAUUUGAUUUAGAAGAAAAGCUGUCCACACUGCAGGACACUCGACAUCGUCUAGAAUUGCAGGUUCCCGCCCUUGUUAGGGGGAGUGAAUCUGAAGAUGACCUGCUAUCUACUGACAUGUCAAGGGCAGGUUCAUAUGAGGAUAUUCCAGGAACCCCAGCUACUCCAUAUAGUAGACCUCCGAGAGAAAGAAAAGAAAGCAGCGUCGGUGAAGAGUUUGAUGAUUAUCUUGUCUCAGGGGAGAACACAAAUAGGAUUAAAAAAAAGACUUCAAAGCAAGACAAAUCUGAUGAGGAUCGAAGUGUAACUUCACGUUUACACCAUGACUAUAGUGAUGAUGCUGUGAUGGUUUAGUUUAUUAAAAUUUGUUAUAAUGCAGAUUGGCUCUUCUGUAGUGGUUGUACCUCCAAGACUGUGAAAUGAAAACCAUAUUUUAAUUGUGUUAAAAAAGUAGCAAGGUGUAAAUUCAUUCAAAACAGUGCUUGAAAGGGCAGUGUAGAAACAUGAAUGUCCAGAAAAGCAGUGAGGUGAAGGCAUUCAAAACAGUAGUGGUUGAGUGUAUGCAAAGCAUAGAAACUUGGCAAAAAAAAUGUAAGGAUUGAAAGAACAAAAUUGUAUAUAAAUUAUUUUCAUAUAAAGAAAACCUCUUAUUUACAGUCUGCUUUAGGUAUGUAUAUGUAUGUGCUUGCCGUUUGUUUUUGAGACAUUUCAUUAUACUCGGCGUAUGUUGUAAGUAUUUUGAUUGAUUUUAUUAAUUUGCUUUUCCAGGAUAGUGGUAAAAAUGCCAAUGUUGUGAUUGAAACUUUUUGUACAUAAUAGCAUUAAGGUACUCCGUUUAAUUUGCUUAUGGGGAGAUGAACACCGAAAGAAAGUUUAUUGGCUUCAUAAAACAUUUAGCAUGUCAUGUUUUUCACAAUAUCAUUUCUUAUUUUCUUUAGGUGUUUUGUCAUGUUGGGUUGCAGUUGGGCUGAGUUAUCUAGAAUAGUUUGAAUUGGAGCUUUGAUCAUCCCCAAAGGACCUAUUAGUAGGUAGAUCAUCAGUGAAAGCUUAUUUUAUUGUGUCUGUAUGAGAAGAGGAGAUUGGGGCUGAUCAGCAGUUUGUAGCUUGGGUUAAUUAUGUUUUCAUUAUCCUUUACCUCAUUUUAUGCUUUUUUUUUUUUUUAAAUGAUGCCAUUUUCUUGCCUUGAGUCAUUAAUAAUGUAUCUUAUUUUUUUCUUUCAAGGUUUUGUAUUUUUAUAGUUGUCUGAAUGAUGCCCUAUGUAAUUCCUAGUCAGCCUGUUUACAUUUUAGCAAACCAUAUUGUGGUUUCAUGAAUGAUUUUUAAGCAAACAAAACAUAUUUUAUGAAGAGUUAUGUAGAUGGUCACAUAUACAGAAGCUAUCGGAUGUGCAAAAUGUUGCCAGAAGUAUUUAGUCUCUCUAUUUGGCUCUAAUUUUAGUAAUUUAAAUAUUUGUAAUCACAAAAAAUUGCAUUCCUCUCGGGUUAAUGCAACUUGGUGUAAUACUCGCUAUUUUAUGGUUUUCUUAAAACUGAUAAUACUCACCUGAAGCUGCUGUGCCAUUGUUCUCUUCACAGUGCUUUUAGUGUAUUGCAAACUUCUUAGUGCCUUAAGUGUUAUUUAAGAUCAGGAUGGAAAUAUGAAGUAUCAGCAAGUGGUUUAAACAAAAUAGCUUUUCAGAAUACUAUUUCUAUGCUCUUGGAUAAAUUUUAUUGCUUGAAUGGAAGCAAAAAGCACUUAUGAAAUAUGCUUGUUUGUCAGAGUAAAGUUCUUCCCUAAUAUUAUUUCCAAGAAUUUGUGCAAAAUAGCCAUAAGGUUUGUAAAAGGAGAUCUAAUUUUACAUAGCAUAACAUGUCAUUUAUAAUGCAAAUAUUCAUUUUCUCAUAGUAAAACUCAUGUUGUCAAGAAUCACUUGCAGCUUCUUGAAUAGACCUUUAAUGGUGAGACAUAAUAUUUUGCUCAGUAAUGGUUUAGGGAUUAAGUUACUUGUAUUUUCUUUUUGAGCAAAAGUUACACUGUGGGAUGUAACAUUGUUAGUGCUUAAAGAUAUUCAACAUAUAAUGUUGUAGCAGUUCUGUUCCACAGAUAUGAAAAUUAUAUAUUAAGGAAAAAAAUAGAAUGUCUGACACAUAGAUUCUCUCUCUCUCUCUCUCUCUCUCUCUCUCUCUCUCUCUCUCUCUCUCUCUCUCUCUCUCUCUCUCUCUCUCUCUCUCUCUCUCUCUCUACUAACGUAAUUCUAAAUUCUAUAACAUUCAAGACAUUAACAAAUGAACAAUGCUUCUUUAACAAAUUCUGUGAUUAAUAUCUGCUGCUUCAUUAUGGUAGGUUUCUUUCUUUUAUUAUUAUUAUAUGAGGGAUUAGUUUAUCCAGACCUCUGAGCCUAUUCUUUCUUUUAAUAAUAGCAGUAUAUUCAGUAUAAUUUUUUUAAUCUUUUUAAGGGUUUUUAGAUUUGCCAUUGUAAGCACAAUAGUUACAGGUGAAGCUGAACAUUAUUUAGUUUAUUGGUAGCUUGAGAGUAGCCUAAAAUAGCCUAGUUACUAUUUCUUGAUAUAUUUUUUAUGGAUUAAGCUUUUUCAACCCAUUUGAUACUAUGUUGAAUAAAGAAACCAGUUUUUAUUCAGAUUAAAAUAAUGCAACAUAUAUCAGAACACCAUGCAUUCAGCACUUUUAUUCUGUAUCAACUUUUAAGUACUACAUUAUGAAUAAACUUGGUCAAUUUUUAUUCACUUAACAAUUUUAGUAUAGCUGGAAAUACAAAUUAAGCAUGAAUCUCGUGCUUAAAAGUAGUUAUAGGGCUUGAUUUUUUAAUCAUUAUUGCAUGGUGAUAAAAAUUUUGGCCACUCAUAACUGAAGAAACUGUGUGAAAACUUAGAUGAUAUUGUAUUAAAAUGGUAGAAUUAUUACUGUUGUUGAGUUCAACAUGGAUGUAAGUGCCUCAGUGGCGUGGUCGGUAUGUUGUUGCCAUGCCACCUUGUUGGCCGCAAGUUCAAUUCUCGGCUGUUCCACUGAGGGAUGAGAGAUGGUGUAUUUUUGGUGAUAUAAGUUCACUCUCAACGUGGUUCGGAAGUCACAUAAAGCUGUUGGUCCCGUUGCUGAAUAACUACUGGCUCCGUGCAAUGUAAAAACACCAUACAAACAAGCAAAAUAACAAACAAACAUGGAUGUAGAACAGUUUGUUUUGUGAUAAGUAAAUGUACUGGUACAAGUCAUUGCUGAAAGAUGUUUGGGGAAAAGGUGUUAUUUUGUUGCUAAAUGCAGCAAAAGGCUCUAAACAAAAUCAGUCUGAUAAAGACCAGCCCUAGAAGUUUUUGUUAAAUAUGUUGGCAAAUUAUCCAGAAAAUAUGGUUUUGUUAUUCAAGGUCUUGAACUUAUCUGAUGAUCCAUUUCCUUAGGUUAGUCAAGAAACUUAAAUUUUGUUAAAAGCUCCAACUAAAGAAAUUUGUAAGGUACUGUAUUGUAAUACAGAACAGCAAUUUCAAAUAGAGUGCACAUGUCACUUACUAUUAAAAAGAAAAUGGAAAACUUUGAAGAGAAGCCUCGUAGCAAAAGCUUUAAUGUUUAAAGUUGAAUACAAUAGUGUGUUUCUAGGAGCAACAGGUAACUAGGUGCACCAUAUUUCUGUCUUAGUAGCAUAUUCUAUAAAAGCUGUGAAAAGUUUGUGACACUAAAAUGUAUUAGAAGUCUGGUAUCUUAUGACCUGACUUUUCUAGCAAAAAUUUCAUAGAACUUGUUUUUCGUUUAAUAAUUUAACCCGACAUUAUUUUGAAGUUGUCAAGAAUAACUGUAUUUUCUUAAACAAGCCAAAGAAAUUGUAGGGGUUGCAUUUCAAAUAUUGAACAUUUAAUGAAUGAAUCCAUGAAGUCUCAAUUAUUGGCUAUGAUAAGGAAAGAAAUAUACAUUAUACUGAAAGAAAUAUACUUUAUACUGAAUUAAUUUUCUAAUCAAGGUUAGUUGUGAUAUACAGGAUGUUAUUAUAAACCUGUCCAGUCAGAUUGUAUUAAGGUUCAUUUGGUUAGUUUUAAUGUAAUACCACUUGGAGGGCAGUUGACUAAAAUGUUUAGCACUGAGUUCUCAGCAUUUGAUGUGGUAAGUUGAUGAAUGGGGCAUUGAAAAGGCAUAGAAAAAAAUACACGAUGCUGUGAGGGAGGAAUACUCUGCUGUUGCUCCCUACUAAUGAAAAAGUUUAGGAUUAUAGGAUUUUUAUGUAAUUUUAUGCUGGAUGUAAAUGAAACAAAAAUAUAGUCAGAGGUAAAGAACAAAUCUUCAAUUUUGUCUUCAUCAAUGAAACUACAAAUUUUUAUAUUCUUAAACUGGAUUAUUUUAGGAGAAUAAUCAUCUAAAAUCUGUGGAUAAUGAAGGUACUACUCAAUUUCCAGUAGAAGAAGACUGCCUCUCCCACCUCUGAUUACUCUGUCUCUAUCUAGUUUUCCAACCCUUGUACACUUGUGAUGGAUCAGCUCAUAUAAAAUUAAUUUUUGCUACUUUUAUAAUAACAAUCAGACAUGCAGCACUGGACAACCUGUAAGUAAUGAAUUAUUACGGCUGUGAAGUUUGCUUUUACUUUGAACCAGCAAUUGCUGCUAUUGUUUUGUAUGUCAUGAGGCCUAACAUUGAGUUUAUUUAUAUGACCUCUGGUUUUAUGGUGUACUUUUCACAUCUUUGUAUUAAUGGGAGAAAUAUUGUCUUUUAUGUGAAAGUUAAACUAGAGUCAUAUUUCUAGAAUUUCAUAUGCCUUGCCUAAAGGAUUUGUUCUCACUUAACAGGUUUAACUGGAGCAAGAAUUGUACAGAUAAAUGGGGAGACAAAGGCCAAUGGAUGAAAAAUAUAAUGUGGAUUGUAAUUAGUUUGGGGCCAGAAAAAUUCUGCUAAGAAUCAUUUGGAGGCCAGAAUGUAUUGCUGCUUCUUAUCGCAAAGAUUUAUAAGAAUGAAGGGAACAGAACUGUGUAUCAAACAAGACCAAAGAGUCUUGAGAGAUGGACAGACCAUGCAAGAUUGAUAUUGGAUAUAGUAAUAGGAAAGAGGCUCUGCUAAUUCCUUACUUGGGAUUUGUGUUGGAUUCCACUUUGAAUAAGUAGCCAGGAAAGCAGUUAUCCCAAUGUGAAUUUUUUUCUGUUGCCAGUGAUUUCUUUUGUCCAGUUAGAUGGUUUUCUUACUACUGCAAACAGACAUCAACCAACAGCUUGGUAGCAUUAACAAAUAAAUCUUUACAUAUGCUAAUGCAACUCAAGGGUAAGAAGAAUGUCUCCAGUUCUCUGAGAACAAGAGAACCAGAUUGAAAUACCUAAGUGAAGUGGUAAUGAAGAUCCUGUGGGAAAGUUUGUAAUACCAUUGAAGUUUAUUUGAGGAAAGCAACAUAUCUAAAGCAGAGUUGGUUCAUUUAGAGAUUAAAGUGGACUUCCACCAUCCCAAGCCCUCUUCUGAAGGUAGCUCGUAAGUGUGGCAAGAUGUUGAAGGGUAUGGAGGCAUGAAUAUAUCUAUAGAUACAACCCAACAAUUGAGGCGAGUAUGCCCUUGGCAGAAAUUAAAAAUUAAUCAAAUCAUCAUUGAUGUUAUCUUUGGUCAAACGCUGUUAUCUUUGGUCAAACCCUAUCAGGAAAUGGUUUGACAGGCCUUUCCCAGGGAUUUCUAACACUUGCUGAAUAGCUCAUCAUUUGUUUUGGCAGAUGUUUUAUUUAUGGAUACCUUUUUUGACUCUAACCCUCCCUACCUGGGCUUGAGAAAGAUGAUAGGCAUUAUUUACUGCUGACAAUAGCAGUGCAAACCAAUAAACCAUAAACUUUCGGAAAGAGUCCAUUCCUCCCUAAGCAAAUUUCUCCCCUGUAGAUUUGCCCCCCCACAUGAGCAAUUCUUCAAGGCAUCACAGAAGUGUCUCUCUCUCUCUCUCUCUCUCUCUCUCUCUCUCUCUCUCUCUCUCUCUCUCUCUCUCUCUCUCUCUCUCUCUCUCUCUCUCUCUCUCUCUAUAGAUGUUAGGUCAAAGGAAAUCUCAGAUCCUUUAUUUCCUCUAAUGAUCCUUCCACUUUUAGUAGUAACAGAAAACUUAGUCGCCACAUCUAAGGCUUCUAACAGUUUUAGGUGAUGUAGGUACACACAAUGUGUAUUUAUUCAUAAGUGCAUAUGUACUGUCCCCUGUUUUGGAUUUUUCAUAAUAACCAUUUGUGGGCCAGUGUGGAGGGAUACUUUUCCUGUUACUCUUCCAGUUGGGAGUGAUGAUCUACACAUUACGUAAUAUCCAGACGUCAAAAGUUUACCUCACUGUAAUGUUUCUUCAAAAUAUGACCAAACCAGCUUUGUAGCAGUCAAAAAAAUUUAUAGCUAGUGAUUUUAUCUUGAAGGUCACUUGCAAUAUGCUAAAACUGAGUACGUAUAUUUAACCACAGAAAAGUUUUGGACCCCUUAACCUGUAGAAGGGUGUAAGAGCUAAAAGUUUUGAAUAAACAAUACCAUUAAUUCUCUUCAUAAAAAAAACUUACCUUGGCAGUUGGAAAUUGUGGUGUGUGUAAGGAGGUUAAUGCAAACUCUUGCCCCUUCCCCUGGUGGACUCUCAGAAUUUAAUGCCAGUGGCCAAAAUAAAGAAUUGAAAUAAUUUAUCACUCAAAUUUAAUGUAAGUUUACUAAAUGCCCAAAUGACAGCAAUACCUCUGUGUUCAAUAAAGAAUGGUCAAGACUACCAAAUCUCCAUUUUGGUUUCAAUAGAUUACCAUUAGUAUUGCAAGAAUAUAUUGUCUAUUGGCUAUACUAGUUGGCAUAUGUUGCAUUUGAGGGCUGUCACUUAUAGAAUCCUGUACAUCUUAAGAAUACAGGGCAGUCCCCGGUUAUGGGUGGGGCCUCUGUUUCCAAUGGUGUGAUGAUAACUGAAAAUUGGCUAUAACAACACAUAUUGGCACUGAACAUCCAGUUAUUGUCGUUGAUAGACAAGCACUAAAACUGGAUUGCUGAUAAUCAGGGACUACCUGCACUAACAUUUAAUAGCAUAGCUGGCUCCAAUAGACAUCUCGCAUCUUGAAUAAUUCAGCAUCUGUAUAAAAUGGAACCACAUUUGGCAUCUUAACAGCUGUGCUUAGUCAUGAUUUAGUAAAACUGUAAGAACAACUAUACUUCAAGAAUGAACUUUAGUCGUAGUAUAUACUUUAAAUGUAACCUGUUAGAAUGUUAAACUGUAUUAAAAUUUAACUUACUUUUAUCCCGGAGUAAACUACUCUCGAACCCUUAUAUAUCAACACCUUUGAGCAGUAUAGAGACUUCAAGUUUUAGAGAAUUUUUCAUCAGAGAACUCAUGAUAAGAGAUAAUUUAUCAGGAGAGGUAGAAUUAUUAGUAGGCAUGGAUGUGUGAGACUUAUAAGUGAAAUUAAAAUGAAACUAAUUCAUUAAAUUAAAUUCAUAUAAGAAAACAAGAUAGGAAAUAGUAUUAAGAAAUGGUGUCAUCAAUUUGCUUGUACUCUACAAGAAAGGAAGUAGAAAUACUUUUGAAAAUGUAAGGUCUUAAAGAGCUAACCUUCACCACCUGUUACUUUCACACAGUUGUUAGGGAAGGGGAGUGCAUCAGUUUAAAUAAUUCCUUUGCUACUUCAUCACAUUGUCUGCUUUAUUGGCCAUAAUACACCCAUAAUCAUCUGGAAAAGAAAAUAUGUCAAUGCACACAGUAGGAAAAAAUGCAUUUUUUACUGAAUAACAGCAUAUAAUAUACAAACUAGAUACGUAUUGAACUAUAGCUUCCUGCUGUACUAUUCAUAUACUAUUGGUAAUGUCCUAUACCAAGUAUUUGCAGCAGUCAUAGAUAAUAAAAAAUCAUGGCCAUAAUUGUUGAGAAAUCUUAGUUCUUGUUCUAAACUAAUUUUAUUGCAGUUCUACAUGGAAGAAAACCAUAAUGGUGUAUUUUUUUUUUUUGACUGCUGUUGGUUAUAUUUAGUCUUUUGUAUACUUACUCUGGCAUAGAUACAAAGUUUUAUGAACAAAUAUCCAACCCAUUCCAUUUCUUACGCAAGUUUGGUUUAAAAAUGAUACAUUAUAGAUUUUAAUGUCCAAAACUGAAACUUCUUGAUGGGAAUCAUUAUUAGUAUUAGUAAUCUCAAAAUAAUCAGGAUAAACCUUUUAUGAGGUUUUCACAUAGCACAUAUUACCCAUAAAAAUUAAUUUAUUUUGGAAAGCAUUUUUUCAUUUCAAGUCUUUCUACCAUAGUGCAGUAGUGAUAGUUGGUUUUAAGUCCAGAUAUUGAUUCCUAUUAUGUACUUCUUGAGGCUUACUAUAGCCUUUUGUUAGUAGUAAAUUUGGUUAACUGAUUAUUGUAACUGUUUAUCACAAACUAAUGUUCUAAUGAUUAGUAUGGUUAAGUAUAUAGCAAUGUUGCCUUGCAUGAUGUUUCCUUUAUACUGACCAUUGAAUAUUUCACUAAAAGAAAGGUUUCCUACUUUUUGUUAGCUCGAGUUCCAUACAUUAAAACCAAUAUAUAAAUUUAAAGUUAAAAAACAAAUAUUGAAUAUAGUUGAUUUUUCCUAAAAAAUAAUCUGCCUUGCCUUCGUAUAGAGCUUUGUACCAACUUCUUGGAAAGUGCAAAGCUGUGAAGGAACAGUGCUUACCACCACUUAAUUUUACCUAUUGGUAUUUUUGUUUUGCUUAAUUGUAAUGUACAUUUCCCUAUUUAGGUACCAUUGUAUUUUAUCUGCUGAUUAGCCCCAAAUAGUUUUUCUUUACGUGAAUCUUUUUAUUUGAUUGUGGCCUAUCUUGGUCUUGUCUUCCCUGUUAUUUAAUGUAAACACCAUCUUUGUCAGAUUAUGUUCCACGAAACUUAUGACUAUGGUUAAUCAUUUAAGUGUUAUGAAUAUCUGUAUAUUUGGAUUGUUGGACCUCUUCCAGUUUGGAAGUAAAAGCUUUUAGAGUAGUAACUUAUUGUAUUUCAGUAUAUGUUUUAUUUCAGUUUGUAGACACUAGCAUUUUUGUCAUGGGGUACAAGAAACUUUUGUACUGUACUGAUGUGCUCACAGUUGAUGUAAGUGCUUUUAUAGUUAGAAAAAGUGGUAUUUUUGAGUUGAGACCAAAGUGAUAUGUUGUGAGAUGUUUAAGACUAAAUUGAUAUUGUAAAUUGCCCACUUUGGUAGACAUCACAAAAGUUAUUUCAGAUCUUUUAGGUCUUGCUUUUGAUACAAAAAGAAAGGCAUCUGUUGUGUAAUGUAAUUUUUUAAACUUCACAUAAUGCAAUAUCAGAUGGCACAGUGUUGUGGUUACUUUUGUUCUGUCAGUAUCAUUUACCCUUGAUGCUUUCAAGAAAGUAGCAUAGUACUAUAUGCAAAAGCUUAACGCAGUAUUUAAAGCAAUUUAUUACAUAUAAUGAUGGUGAAAGUUAAUAUAAAAUGUUACCCUGAGGGCUUGCUUAAGUGUUACUGAAAUGCCAUAGGUCCAGAAAGAGAAAAAUAGCUUCAACAGAGUCCUUGUCCCCAUAUUUUAUAUGCCUCUUUUGUACAUUGAUAUGUUUUAAAAUGAUUGUUUAUUAAUUUCGAUACUCAUUACUUUAUUCUUUUUUGUACAAUGUAUUAUUUAAAUUGAUUUGUUGAUGUGCAAAUAUACCGGAAUUGAAUGUUUUUAAA